AUGUCACAUAAACGAAGCUUAUCUAUGAUCAAACAACUCCAGCCUAAACCUGCUGAACAACUUCUAUCUAAAGAACGUGAAAAUCCCUACAGCAACACGGUUCUCAUAGGUAACUGGUUUGAAGAGCGUUUUGUCAAUAAAAUUGAUCGGAAAGCCAUUACGCCCGGAAUAUAUGGUGAAAGCGAAUGCUCGCAAGAGAACACACUCUAUAAAUACGAUUUUAAACAGCCGAUACAAAUGCAGUCCCAAGAGCAAUAUGGAGAGUUUGUCAAUUGGAAGCAAAAGGGUUUUAAUAAUCGUUUGAACAGUGAACACACCAACAUAAACCUCUGGGAUGGUGAUCAAUUUACUAAGAAUAUAACAACAUUUAAGGAUAUAAUGUAUCGCAUUAAGCCAGCAGAGGAUGUUGCCGGUGAUAAGUUGCUGCUAAAGAAGAGAAGAAUUAAUGAAGAUUAUAUGCGCAGUUAUGGAAAUAGUACUCAAACGGGAUAUUUACAUUGGCGGGAGUGUGAACGGAGGAGGGAGGACGAAAUACCUUUAGAUAUGUCACAUUAUAAAAACAAUUUCAAGUCGAUCAAAAUGCCACAGAGGAAAUUGUAUAAGCGGGAACAAAGGAAAACUAGUAUUUAA